GAUUAGCCCAGCUCUUCUACCGACUUCCCAACAUAUCUCGGGCUACUUCUAACACAUCCUUGUGAUUUUCUUGGACCUUGUUCGAAGGGGCGGGGGCCCACCCUCCCCUCCUUUGUCCCUCUCCAGCUCAACCCUACACCUCGGAGGCAAGCUGACUGACUACAGAACUCCGCAGCCAUGAUCCUUCACAGUCGACGCAAAUGUGACGCCGUCGACCAGUUGUACCAUCCUCCCAUCCAUGAUCCCAUGCUGCUCAUCACCCUUUCCACGAAUCUUGAUAUCUCGGCUUGCAGCAGCCCCGUCUUGAAACGUAGAGUCAGAUUUGCAAAAGCCAAUCGCAAUCGGCGCAGUCGCCGCCCCCCCUCCUCCCCUCGGCAUACCCGCCACGGGUUGUCCGCCAGCUAUGUAUCGAGAUGGUCCAACUUAUUCCAUGCUCUGGGCUGCCGCUAUCCAACUCCAUGCAGCGCCGGUCCUUGCGGCAGCCAUACGGUGUCUUCGUACUCUGUGAUGCCCUGCAUCACAUCAGCCCGCACCGCGCUGGUCUCAAACCCCCCCCUUUGUUCCCAUGCCGCCCCAUCUAUUCUCCCCUGUGAUAGAGACCUUAUUCGCUGUCCCUCAUCAUCGCUCGAGGGGCGUGGCUGCGGCAUUCGGGUGUAUGCUGCGUAAAGGGAAACAAAAGAAAGGGAUGGAACAGCGGGAUCUGCCACUGGUCCAUCCUUGCCGGGAUAGCGAUGGGGAUAGAGGAGCACACGAUGGAGAUAUGCCGUCCCAAGGGAUCUGAGCUGCCAAAGAUCGACAUCAUGACCUGCUACAAAGGGAGGAGGCUGCUCCCGGGGCUGUGCUAAACAGUAUCAACAGCAUGUCGAAGGGGGAACGUUGGACUUCCGCGCCACCUAGGA